UUUCUGGAGUGGCAAACUUGCUUCAGUUGGUUUCCUUGACGUGGGAUCUUCUCGUAUUGCGCAUGGGACAGGUGAGGAGGGGGACCUCAGCUUAUAAGAGUCUUCCGGACCUGCCCGUCCUGCUUCUUUGGUACCAUGACUCUGAUGACAGACUGAAUGCCUGCCUUCUCCUGUGAGGCAUGCUCCAUGCCACCACAGAGCCUGUAUUUCGUGACCACUUCAUGCCAAGAUCCCACUCCUGGGGGAUGCUGUGAACAUCUUUUCUUUUCUUGUUGUUGUUGUUGCUGCUGCUGCUGCAAGAGCUGCUUUCUCUCCUUUGCUCAGUCUGCAUUUGGCAGAACGUCACUCUCUUGGAUGAUCUGAUUCUUUCCUUGCCCCAAUUUACUCCUGGCCAGAUGCAGGGGAUACUUGUUCUGUUGCUGUUAUUCAUAAACUCCAUGGAAAUGCUCACACAAGCCAGAAGGAAGAAACAAGUAAGCGCUGCCUUGUUUGAGAACUGCACUGGAUGUGUCAUGUGUUCAGAAGACAACGGCUGCAUCUCCUGCCAGCAGAGGCUCUUCUUGCUCAUCUGGAGGGACGGGAUCCGCCAGUACGGAGCAUGUGUCCAUGCCUGCCCACCGGGGUACUUUGGGCUGCGAGGCCAAGAGGUCAACCGAUGCAUAAAGUGCAAAUCGUCCAGCUGCGAGAGCUGCUUCAGCAAAGAUUUCUGCAUGAAGUGCAAAGAGCAGUUCUACCUGCACAAAGGGAAGUGCUUCCGCACCUGUCCUCCCAACACCACGGCCCAGAACAGCACCUGGGAAUGCCAAGAGAAGUGUGAGAUGACGGAAUGGAGUAACUGGAGUCCCUGCAGCACCAACCAAGGCCGGACGUGUGGCCGCAGGUGGGGCUCAGCAUCCCGGGUCCGGGAGGCCAUCAGAAACAGCAAAGAGGAGUCAGCAGCAUGCCCAGUGCUCUCGGAGACCACGAAGUGCCGGAUGAAGAAGCGCUGCCCUGGAGAGAAGAAUGAAAACAAAAGGAAAGAGAAAAGGGACAAGAAACAAGCGAAGAAGAAGAAAAGAUUGGAGGCUGUGAUGGUCACUUAGUUGGCUUCAGAGCGCAUGGAACGAUCAUGGGGGGAGCAAUGCAUGAGGCAGUCCAGCAGGGGGUGCCAUGGAGGGCCAAAGAGACUUUCCCUCUUUGUCUCAGCUUCCUCAGCUUUUGAGUCUUCUCCUUGGCUUUUCCAUCCAGAUCAUCUUGCGCAAUCCUUCUCCUUCUCCUUCCCAGCAUGGUCAGACCAAGAAAGAGAGAAGAGGGAGAAUUUAUGGCCUAUGAUCCGUGUUGCCCUUGUACAGAUUCUAAAAUGCAACAUGAAACUCACCCAAGAUCCCUCCCUCCCUCUCCCUCCCUCCCUCCCUCUGUCUCUCUCAGACCUAAUUUGUUGGGACAUUCAUUGGA